AAGUAUAUGUUCCACCAGGGUGCAGUUUUGGUAAGAUGUGGUGUAACAAGACACGAGGCAGAACAACAGCGCUGUAGAGAAAGGAGUCCACGUCCCACAGGGAACAGAUGGUUGUCUGGGAGGGCACUACUGGGGUAGCGGUGACCUGUGAGCAUUUUAUUACCACAGAGUAUGAACCAACCUCUCUGAAAGCAAGACAGAAGAAAGAGAAGGGACCAGAAGAAGAGAGGGACAAUCUGGAACAGCAGGAACUUUCUCUAUCAACUCAUCUUCCUCCCCACUCUCCUCUCACCGCUGGCCAACGUUGCCACAGCCUCACCACGAUGAAGCUGAAGGAGGACCUGAACCCCGUGCUGCUGCUCCUCUUCCACUUCAUGGUGUGGAUCUACACCUUCGUCACCUUCCUGCCCUACUACCUCCUCAGCUGGGUCUCGGUACCUGUUGGGGGCUUCUGCGGUUCAGAGGAGGAGCGAGCCAAGAGAGCGAAGGCCCGCUCUGUGCUGGGAUGUCCCGAGGGACCCUACAGAGCUGUGAGUGCCACCAAGAGGCUGGUGACGUCACUUCAUCCAGGAGUGGACACCCUGGAUAAGAUGUUUGAAUACGCAGCCAUGAGGUUCCCCCACAGAGACUGUCUCGGGACCAGGGAGGUGAUCAGCGAGGAGGACGAGCAACAGAGCAAUGGGAAGGUGUUUAAGAAGGUAGUACUGGGUGAGUACUGCUGGCGCUCCUAUGAGGAGGCCCUCACAGCAGCGUCCCAGCUGGGCAGUGGUUUGGCAUCACUGGGUCAACGGCCGAAAAACAACAUCGCCAUCUUCUGUGAGACACGAGCCGAGUGGAUCAUAGCUGCCCAGGCCUGCUUCAUGUACAACUUCCCAUUGGCCACACUUUACUCCACACUGGGAGGUCCAGCCAUCGCUCAUGCACUGAAUGAGACUCAGGUCACCCACAUCAUCACCAGCAGAGAGCUCCUGGAGACCAGACUCAAGGCUAUCCUUAUUGAAGUUCCAAGGCUGCACCAGAUCAUUGUAGUGGAAAACACACCAACCUCAUGGCCCGGCUAUCCACGUGGUAUCAGUGUCCACAACAUGGCUGCUGUUCAGAAACUGGGGGCCAGGCCUGAGAAUGCCGCACGUGAGCGUAAGCAGCCGCUGCCUUCAGACAUUGCAGUCAUCAUGUAUACCAGCGGAUCCACGGGCAUACCAAAGGGCGUCAUGAUCUCCCAUGGCAACAUCAUCGCUGGCAUCACAGGAAUGGCUGAGCGGAUACCUAAUCUGUGCGAGGAGGACACCUACAUUGGCUACCUCCCUCUCGCCCAUGUACUGGAACUCAGUGCAGAGCUUGUAUGUAUUUCUCAUGGCUGUAGGAUCGGCUAUUCCUCACCUCAGACUCUUUCUGACCAGUCAACCAAGAUCAAGAAAGGAAGCAAGGGAGACACUACAGUCCUGCAGCCCACUCUGAUGGCAGCUGUUCCAGAGAUCAUGGAUCGAAUCUAUAAGAACGUGAUGACCAAGGUCGAGGAGAUGAACUGUGUCCAGCGAACACUCUUCAUUCUGGCAUACAACUACAAGUUGGAGCAGCUCACCAAAGGAUACAGCACACCACUGUGUGACAAGCUGGUGUUCGGGAAAGUUCGCUCUCUGCUGGGAGGUCAAACGCGAGUCUUGUUAUCGGGAGGGGCACCACUCUCUGCAGCCACACAGCGCUUCAUGAAUGUGUGUUUCUGCUGCCCAGUGGGUCAGGGAUAUGGCCUGACAGAGACAUGCGGAGCUGGAACCAUCAGCGAGCUGUGGGAUUACAGCACUGGGAGAGUGGGAGGGCCGCUGGUUUGCUGUGAGAUAAAGCUUAAAGACUGGGUGGAGGGUGGUUACCGUAGCAAAGACAAGCCACAUCCUAGAGGAGAGAUUCUGAUUGGUGGACCAAAUGUAACCAUGGGAUACUACAAGAGCGAUUCUAAAAACCAGGAAGACUUCUUUGUAGAUGAGAACGGCCAGCGGUGGUUCUGCACAGGAGACAUUGGAGAGUUUCAUGAAGACGGGUGCCUCAAGAUAAUUGAUCGUAAAAAAGACUUGGUGAAGCUGCAGGCAGGAGAGUACGUCUCCCUGGGAAAGGUGGAGGCCAUGUUGAAGAACUGCCCUCUGGUCGACAACAUCUGUGCCUAUGCCAACAGUGAUGAGACAUAUGUGAUUGGCUUUGUGGUGCCAAAUCAGAAGCAGGUGGUGGCUCUGGCUGACCAGUACGGUAUCCGAGGCUCAUGGGAGGAGCUGUGCAACAGCAAGGCCAUUGAGGAGCUGGUCCUCAAGGUCAUCACUGAGGCUGCACUAGCAGCCCAACUAGAGCGCUUUGAGAUUCCUCGCAAGAUCUGUCUUAGCCCAGACCCUUGGACUCCUGAGACGGGAUUAGUGACCGACGCAUUCAAGCUCAAACGCAAGGAGCUAAAAACACAUUACCAGGACGACAUUGAGAGAAUGUACGGUGGGAAAUAAGGGCAAGGACUAGUACUUCUUUGUUCUUUCUCAAAGCACAGACCAACACUUGACUCGGAAACAGUCCCAGCGCCCCCUCACCCUGCCCCUCUAUUUUCGACUCCAUCAAUACAAGAGCCAUGGUGACCUAAAUCUGUGAUAAAUCUUAAUGUUCCUAAGAUCUCAAAGAAAGAAGGAUAAGGGUAGGAUGCUGAAUUUUC